CAGCUACGUAAUCUGUGGACCAAGGAGAGAUAUGACUGAUGGAGCUCGAUUAUUUAUUGUGCGUUACAAAAGGAAUUCUACCAAAGAGAAUCCGAAGCUUACAAGAACAGGAACUGGAUUCUGCAGCACAGCUUGUGGCAAGGUACAAUGGUUCAGCUGAAUCUCCAGAGAUUAUUAAAUGGAUAUCUCAAAUAAUCAAGGAUGGUGACUCCAGAGAUCUUCCCCAUUAUAGAACAAAAACUCCCGACUUAGUUCCUGAGGAUGCGGACCCGAUUUGGAUCAAAAGUUUGCAAAGCAUUACUACACCAUCUGCAGUGAAGCAGCGUUUUAAUGGCAUUAUGAUAAGAAUCUCUGACCACAUUGGAGAUCCAAGCAUUGGCCCCAUCUUGCUUCUGGGGAAGCAUUGAUGUCUUUUGGU